CUGUCUGUACUCGUCCUCUCUCAACAUCCAAUAUAGACGAUCUGGCCAUAACACGUCGCCAUAAGAACCGAUCCGGCCAGCCUUAUAUCAGCUUCACCCCGCCAUAGCCGCCUGAAGCCAUCUCCAACAACGCCCGCUGCGCCAUAAUCGUUCCCUGGUCAGCGAUACGCUUCAGCCACCCAGUCUAGACAAACGGACACCACAACGCCCAUACACUCGCACCGUUUUCAAUCCUCCACAGCAUAUUUCGAAGACCUCGUCAUCUAUAUUUUAUAGAGAACAAAGAUUUACAACCCGGCCGUCGGCAGGCAUAUCAUCGCCAUGCCUGUCCCGAGCCUCUUCCACCUCGCCAAAACGCGGCUGGUACAGAACAUACACAUGCUGGAAGACAUAGGCGACCUACCUUACGCCUUCCUCGCCCCCGUGCUCCGACAGAUCCAAAUUCCAGACCAGCUCGUCCAGCUCGAAACAAACUGUCCGCAGAUACAAGGCGAAACGGGCGAGAUAUGGCUUCGUCUGAUCAAGAGAGACAUACCCGGCUGGGAAAAGAAGCCACAUCAGCCGCGAGACCCCAAGAACUGGAGCAAAGUCUACAAAAAGCUCAAGAAAGAGGCGGCCGCUGAAGAGGAGGCUCAGCAGGAGGCGCUGAGACAGAAGAUGCAGGCGCUACAAAAGGACCGCAACGGCCACCAGACUACCAUCAUCAACGCGAACUUGAAUCUUCCUUCUGCACGGCGCUCGGGCUGGUCCUUUGGCGGAGGUGCACGUUCGGGAUGGGGGGAUCCAGCUGCGCCCAAGAAGACGGGCAAGGUAGCCUUUGACAAGCUGAAGCGGGGCAUAUAUGAUGCGAAACGAGCCCGGCCAGCGGCAUCCAGGACGCCCGCGCACAUCCUGAAUGAAAACAGAAGGAUGGUCACGCAGGUGCCUGCUAGGAUGGUCAGGAUGGCCGAAGCCGAAGCACUAAGUCAAGGACCAAGGCGCAUGCUUGUUCCCAAGCCCGAGGCUCCUCCAGCAGCUGCCACUGGUACAUCCACUACACGACGGCCCAUUAUCAGGCAACAGCCUAUGCCUCGUGUGAGUGAUGCGGCUCCGGAACGUGCUGAGCGGCCCCGACUACCUGCUGGCCAACAAUUCUCCGCCCCAAGGCCGGUACCGAAACCUCAACCGGCCGCUCCGUCACUCAAGCGCCGAGCAGGACCCAACAUUCUGGUCGAAUCGAAGCGACGUAAGGGGUGAGGGAGGGCCUAUGGACGACGUUUACGAGAUAUGAAUGAACAUUUCGAAUAACAGCUUUAUCAUUAAUGGCACUGCAUACCACAUGGGCUGAAUCGACUGGCAUUGGGCGGCGUUUACUAUUUCCAGUCUAGAUAGGACUGGAAUCGUGUCAUUACACGUAUAAGUUGGUAUUUUCUCGACACAUCCAGUGUUCAUAUCAGAUAUUUAUCGUGGUCCGCGGCUGAACCCAAUAUUUGAGGGUUCAGAGCGCAUCGCAUCCUGUGGUAAUUCACUCUAUGAUGCGCCUACAAUGCUAUGUCACAAGAAUCUACCGCAAGUGUUCACAUGGAAAUAAUAUGCUUUUCUAGAAGAGGUAAAGCAUAUAGA